GUAGGACCCUUAACUGGGCAUAAAACUUGCCUUUGAUUUUGCGAUGAAAUUGUUGCUUUUGAAUUGCCAUAAUGAAUCGAGCGUAUUCUGAUUUAAGAGUAUGUACGAGUUGCUUCUAUAUAAACCAAUCUUCACCCUCUCUUGAUUCAGAAAAGAACAAUUUCAUAUUUUUCAAUGCAGUGAUUUUCCUGUAGAGGAAGAAGAAAUGUCCCUUAAACUUGCCCUUUUGUUGGUUAUUUUUUCACUUUAUCACCAUGCUCAUACCACUUCAGCUUCUGACCCAGACCCCAUUCAGGAUUUCUGCAUUCCAAAUCCCAAAUUUGGUAUAACAGAAUUAGCCCAUCUCACUAUACUCCCAUGCAAAAAUUCCUCUGAAGCGACAGCGGAUGACUUCGUGUUUUCCGGCUUAAAGUCGGCUGGAAACUUCUCUGAAACAGGUCUUGCAACCAUUCCUGUCAACCCAGUAAUUUUUCCAGGGCUCAACACACUCGGCAUGUCAUUUGUGCGAGCUGAUCUUAAACCUGAUGCUGUGAAUCCCCCACAUUUUCAUCCAAGAGCUACUGAAAUCUCGUAUGUGGUGCAAGGAAGUGUUUAUGCAGGCUUCGUUGAUUCGAGCAAUCGAGUUUUUGCAAGAGUAAUUGAGCAAGGAGAGGUUAUGGUGUUCCCUCGAGGCUUAGCGCACUUCCAGAUGAACCUUGGCGACAAGCCUGCAACAGUGUUUGGAAGUUUCAAUAGUCAAAAUCCGGGAAGUCAGAAAAUCCCAUCUGCCAUUUUUGGGUCUGGGAUAGAUGCAAAGCUGCUGGAGAAGGCCUUUGGGUUGAGUCCGAAGCAGAUCGGAACAAUGAGAAGAAAAUUUGAUCCCAAAACCGUGAGAUGAAGAUGAAGAUGAAGAUGAAGCAGAGGGCCAUUCUGUUUUGUUGUUUGAAUGUUUGAUAACAUCAAAAUCAAGGCGUGCGUUUUAGAUUCUAUGAAGGUGGAAUAUCGAUAUAAAUAAAAUCAAUCAGUUUAUUUAGUUAUUAUAA